CAGCCUGUCUGACACUAGUGAAUGUUUGACAUGCAAACACAGGGCAGAGAUUUUAACUUCCAGAGAGGUCACAGUUUUCCAGUAGACAUGGUGGACACCCAGCAGCUCUUAGCCUGGCCUGUCGGUUUCAGUCUGAGCACCGUGGACCUGCCCGAGCUGGAUGACAGCUCCCACUCCCUGGACAUGAAGCCCUACUCCACCUUAGACUAUGCCAUCAUCUCCUCCUCCUCCUCCUCUUCCUCCCUCCUGUCCUCUCUCUCUCCCCCGCUCCCAUCCUCCAUGUCCUCCAGCGGCGUGGCCUAUGACCUCAGUCCGCCGCAGAGCGAGGACCACCUGGCCAACAUGGACUACACCAACAUGCAGGGCUACAGGACGGAUCUGGACACAUACAAUUCUAUAAAACUGGAGCCGGAGUCUCCUCCGCAGCACUCCGACAGCCCCCAGUUCUCCAAGCUCCAUGACGACACAUCGUCAUCAUCGUCAACUGCACUGAACAUUGAGUGUCGUGUGUGUGGGGACAAAGCCUCGGGAUUUCAUUAUGGUGUUCACGCCUGUGAAGGCUGUAAGGGUUUCUUCAGACGCACCAUCAGGUUAAAGCUGGUGUACGACCACUGCGAUCUCCACUGUCGCAUUCACAAGAAAUCCCGCAACAAAUGCCAAUACUGCCGCUUCCAGAAAUGCCUCAUGGUCGGCAUGUCACACAACGCCAUUCGUUUUGGCCGUAUGCCCCAGGCGGAGAAGGAGAAACUGCUCGCUGAGUUCUCAUCUGACAUGGACCACAUGCACCCAGAGGCUGCAGAUCUGAGGGCUCUGGCCAGGCAUCUCUACGAGGCCUAUCUCAAAUACUUCCCCCUCACCAAGGCCAAGGCCAGGGCCAUCCUCUCUGGGAAGACCGGAGACAACGCGCCUUUUGUCAUCCAUGACAUGAAGUCUCUGAUGGAGGGAGAGCAGUUCAUCAAUUGCAGACAGAUGCCGAUCCAGGAGCACCAGCAGCAGCCCCCCUCUUUUUUUACAGCGGGGCAUGUGGGGGUCACAGGAGGUCACCCAGGCUUGGAGUGUGGUUCUGGGGGGUUAGCCGGGGUCAGUGGCCAGGGGCCAACAGACGCUCUGGAGCUGCGGUUUUUCUACAGCUGCCAGUCACGCUCAGCUGAAGCGGUGAGGGAAGUGACAGAGUUUGCCAAGAGUAUCCCAGGAUUCAUAGAACUCGAUCUCAAUGAUCAGGUAACUCUGCUGAAGUACGGUGUGAUUGAGGUCUUGAUCAUCAUGAUGGCCCCUCUGAUGAACAAAGAUGGGACCCUGAUCUCCUAUGGACAGAUUUUCAUGACCCGGGAGUUUCUCAAAAGCCUCAGGAAGCCUUUCUGCCAGAUGCUGGAACCCAAGUUUGAAUUCUCUGUCAAGUUCAACACCCUGGAGCUGGAUGACAGUGACAUGGCGCUGUUCCUGGCCGUCAUUAUCCUCAGUGGGGACCGUCCCGGCCUGCUGAAUGUGAAGCCCAUCGAGCAGCUUCAGGAGACGGUGCUCCACUCCCUGGAGCUGCACCUGAAGAUCAACCACCCGGACUCUCUGCAGCUGUUUGCCAAGCUGCUGCAGAAGAUGACCGACCUGCGUCAGAUCGUCACCGACCACGUCCACCUCAUCCAGCUGCUGAAGAAGACCGAGGUGGACAUGUGCUUACACCCGCUGCUGCAGGAGAUCAUGAAGGACUUGUAUUAGAAUGAAACAAGGGAAACGAGGUGGGGGCAGGGCGGCAGCCAAGAGGAGGGGUGUGUGUGUGGGGGGGGUGAACACAAAAUAAGUAAUUUUAUUGUUAACAAUAUCAGGUAACAGAUGAGAUGAUGAAGCCCGGCGUGCUGCGACUGUGUUGAAAAAAAAGAAAAAAGAAAAAAAGGAGAAGCACCCAGGCGGAUUGACUAAGUGAAAUUGAGAGAGAAAUGGGGAAGAACAGGAAAAGAGAAAUAAAGGAAAGAGAGAAUGUGAGUGUUAGAUCUUGUCUAGACAGCAACAUGUGAAUACCGUGUGGUGCACAGUCAUUCAGUGCACUGCUGAGCCUGGACAUUUUGUUAUGAGUAGGCUGCCAACUAAAAUAUGAAACUACCACCUAUCGCACCAGCCAGAGUGAACUUCUGUGACUUACUGAAAGAAGCGGGGGACUUUCUGAUUGUCAAGAAAAAAAAAAAAAGUUGUUUGAAUGCUCAACGCUUUAUGUGCCUUUU